AUGCUCCAGACAGAUACAUUCGUGAUCGAUGUGGAGAAAACGCCUGGCCUCAUCCACGCAGCGAACUUGACGGAAGAGAGUGCUGCAACCACCACGGCCCUGCUCAAGGAGAACAAUGAGAAGUACCACAUAUUCUUCACCACUGAGGACCACAUGGGUGUAUAUCUGCAUAACCAUAUCGCCCAUCAUGACCUGACGCUGUGGGCGCUGGGAGCCAAGCCGGAGGUGCUGAUCUCCCAGCACAAGCGCAACACACGCUACAUGCGAGACGCCAUGAUCAUCGUGGAUCCCCUCGUGCAGGACCUGGAAGACGACGUGAUUUUCACCAAGUGCCUAGGCCGCGAGGAGAACUUUCGCAAUUUUGAAAAGUUCUUCUUGGGCCAGAUCAACCGCGACGGCUACCAAGCCGUGCUGCAGAAGUAUCUGGUCGGAGGCGGACCGAUUGCCAACGACAUGAUGAUCCGCAUUUACAUGGGUUAUGUGCACGGGCUGAUCCAUAUCGGCCUCGCCCUCGAGUUCCGACAGCCCCUUCUGCUGGCCGAGGGCCUAGCACAGGCCGCGGUGCAUCACGACAUGUGGUACGUCGAGUAUCUCGCCGAGGCCGAGGCGCUCGCCGCCAAGGCCGAGGAGCCACCGCUGCCGCUUGCCGACCUCAUUGACAUGGAGCGCGCGGACCCCAAGAUCAGCACCGCGUCCAGUCUGGACUUCCACACGCAGACGAGGAAGCACUCGGGCCGCUGGGCUAUGGACAAGGAGCUGGCCCGGGAUGGCGUGCUGCCCAAUGCCAAGCCGGAACUGCUUCGUCUGGCUGCCCGGUGGCGGGUAGACCCGGACGACCUUGAGCGGGCUACGGCAGAGCUCAUCAACACGGCUGUGUACAUCACCGCCGGCGCCCAGCUGCCGCCAUACCAAUGCACCUUCGACUUCUACCUGCUGCACUGCCUGACCGCCAGCAUCGGCCACGCCUCCUUCCUACAAGAGACCUCAUUUACCGCGGCACAAAAAGCCCGCCUGCUCGAGUACAGCGGCCGCGUCUUCAUGAUGACCUACGCGGGCAUGGGAGCGCCGCAGUUACGGCUGGACUACCUAUGCGCGCACCAGUCGAAGCUACCAAACCAGGGCUGGGCUGAGGUGUUUGACCGGGCGUGCUACCACGAGGACGACGGGCACAUGUCCAAGAUGAUACGGUCCACGGCGCUGGCGGAGGAACUCUCGCGGCCGUAUGAUGAGAGGGCUGAGUUCCGCGUCAAGCAGGGCAUGUUUCUUACGGCGGGGAUUGCUAUGAUUGACUCUGGGAGCGACCAGCCUAUGACGUGGACUAAGCAUUGGGACUUUGUGCGCGGGGCGGGAUUUGCGGACGCAUGGAAGCGGUUCCCUAAGAGGGAUUACUAG